AUGAUCUCUGCAACAUGUGAAAGAUCAUUCUCAGCAAUGAGAAAGAUUAAAAAUUGGCUUCGAACAUCUAUGAAUCGAGAUAGAUUUACAAAUUUGUCAUUAAUUUGUAUAGAACGAGAUUUAUCAAAAAAAAAACAUUAUUUAAUAAACAACGAUGACAGAAAUUGGAUGAGUCAAACCAUUAUUGAAACAAUAAAAAAAGCUCUUCAUAGUAAUAAUGAAAAUAUMCGUUUUAUUGCAGUAAAUCUUAUUUUGGAAUGUCAAAAGAAAACUCAACCAUUCACUGAUACAGAGUUAGAAUUAAUGAAAUACUUUAUUACUUACAACAUAAAAACUGAAAAGCCGUCAGUUAGACAAACAAAUUUGAGCUUUGUUAAAAAAACACUUAUAAGAAUGAAUGAAAGCAAAUUUUCUGUUACAGUUAGAAAUGACGAAUCUUUAAGUUCAAAAUUACUAAAAUAUUACACAGAAUUUCAAAAUUGGUUUUCAAAUUUUUGUUUUCAAAACCUUUUUUCUGAUGCAAAUUUUUUCAGACGUAAUUUUUCCCUUGAAUCAUUACGCCUUAUUCAAACUUAUCUGGUACCAACUGGUAUUAUUGGCUUAAAUGAACCAAAACAAUUAUCUUUAAUUUUAAAUUGUAUAUGGGAUACAUUUGAGCAAAAUAAAGUAUUAGCUAAAGAUAUAUUAACUUGCAACAMCCAAGAAUUUAUCAAAUUGGAUGAUAUAAUAAUAGAAGAUAUGCUUGAGACAUCUAAAAUAUUAGCAUCUAGUACCAGCCCUCCUGAUUCCAUUACAGCAGGAUAUUUAUUAGAAGUAGUUAUGUUUUUAAAACAUAAUAAAAAUUAUGAAAAAUAUACAUAUGACAUUAUACUGGAUUUACUAGUUGACCUUAAAAAAGAAGUUGAUCUAGCUGAAGAAAAUCUUACUUUGGCAUCGGGAAAAGGACCAAUGUAUGGAUUAAUUCAUACUAUAAAACAUUUGCUUAACACUCUUGAUUGGCAAAAUCUUAUUUUAAAAGAUAAUUGGACCACUUUCAUUGAAAACUUAUCAAAAACUUGUUUAAAAUGUGAAAAACUUGUAUCAAUUGUUGUAAAUGAUUCAUCUCCCGAGGGUAUUAUUCCAAUGGAUGAUUUAUAUCAAGAUGAUUGUCAAAUAACUUCACAAAUGGUUUUACUUUGCUGCUGGCGUACAGCAAAAGAAUCAUCAUUAUUGCUGGCAGACAUAGUCAGUAUUAUUGAAACACAAGAUUCAGACUUUAGUAAUGCUCUGAUAACACAAAUAUGUUCAUGCUUAACUUUAUUACUUUCUGAAACCAAACACCGAGGUGCAUUUGAACAAAUAUAUGUUGCAUACUUAAAAGUUUGCUCUAUUAUGUGGAA